AUGUGGGAGCGGCGGAGCCUCGUCUGCGCCAUUUUAAGCCGUAAGCAGCGGUGGAUGUUCGAUAUCAUCGGCGACGGCUGGGGGUUGAAUCGCAGGCGGUGGGUCGUUAUCCAUAUUUGCGAGAGAGAAAACGAGGCCGAAGACCGCGCAUGUGGAUCCAAGAUCGCGCGCGCAUUGCAUCGUCUGCAUCUCGCCGUCAACUAUCUCGACCGCUACUUAUCAACCAACCACUUCGACUAUCUCAGCCACUAUCUAUCCGGACACCACGUUGAAAUCGAAAAUCUACGCUUCGUCGGCCUCACAUGCUUGAUGAUCGCCUCCAAAUACGACGGACUCAGCGACCUCUUCCUGUUCGACGCCGAGAUCUCAUUCGGAUGGACAAAAAAAUAUGGAUACCAGAUGGCGCCGUGGAGCUUCUUGGAGCAUUUUGUCUUGGGUGAAAGGGAAAUUAGAGAGGUUUCGUUGGAGUGCGUGGCUAUGGCUAGCUAUUUUGCGGAGGUUUCGCUUUUCUCGCCGAGGAUGCUCCCUUUCUUGCCCUCUAUGGUGGCUGCGUCUUCACUUUUCUUGGCUCAGUACGUUCUCGAACCUUCUAAGAAGCCGCAGCGUUCUGCUCUGCGCGACUGCGUGUUGGCAUUGAGCGAUUGCUGCUAUGGGAGCGGAAGCUAUUAUUUGCCGGCGAUCACCAUCAAAUACAGCAAGAAGAAGUAUUACUACGUGGCGUUGCAGAGCUCACCUCCAUCGAUACCUCUACAUAUUUUUCAAGAUUAAAUAACAAUAC